AUGGGUCUCGUCGAUUACUCCGAGUCCGACUCCUCAGAUGCCGAGGUCGAUGCGCCGCAGCCCGUUGCGAAGCCUGCUGCGCCAAAGAAACCUGCAUUCCAGAAAGUUGUCGACCGGUCGAAUCCAGGCAAAAUCGUCCUCAACCUCCCUCAGGUUUCCUCCUCUAGCGACGCGAGUGCAGAGAAUAGCAAUGAACCCCCCGCAAAACGUGCGCGCACCGGCGGAGGCGGCCUCUUCGCCGGCUUCAGCUCCUUUCUCCCUCCACCCAAAAAUGCUGGGAAGCCGAUACUAAGCAAAUCUUCGAGUCGACCGGGCAUCAACCUCAAAACUAGUGCGGAAAAGGGAUUCAGCCGCGAUGAAGAGCCUUCAAAUAAAUCCAAUAGCGACGCUGAUGGUGCGGCGGGCGGUCUGAGCUUGCCACCUCCUAAACGACCAGCCGAACCGUCAAUACCAGAUACAAUGAAACCUGCGGAAGAAGUCAAACUCGUGGGGAAACCGUUAAUGUUCAAGCCUCUAUCAGUUGCUCGGAAUACAAAGAAGAAAUCUAUUAAGAGUACGGCAGUCCAGGCUUCUACAGCAUCAGCAACGAAACCAGUAGCUUUAGCCCCGGAAACAGCAUCAGCAAAGCCUGAACCGGCACCAGCCCCGGCGCCAGCUCCGAAAAAGACGUCGCUCUUCUCUAUGCACGUCGAGGAAGACGCAGCUCCAACAGCGACGGCAGUUGGAGGGGCAUACGAGCCCCUCUUUGAAACUGGCGAGGCUAUGAACCCAUAUGGCCUUGAUGCCUAUUCUCAACAAACGAACAAUGGUCAGACGGCUGCUGCUUCAAUAAACACGAGAACAGAGUCAUUAGACAAUGUGGCCGAUGAUUUGAAUCUUUCUGCGGCAGCGAGACGGGAAUUAUUUGGAAGAGGAGGAGGAGGAGAUACGCAGAUGGCGAAGAAAGUUAUCAAUUUCAACAUGGACCGAGAAUAUCAACACAACGAAGAGCUCAGAGCUGCUGGCGAGCAGCAGACACACAACCCCGUCCGCGCCAUACACAGCGGCAAGCACAGCCUGCAACAGCUGGUACGGAAUGCUUCCUCUCAGCGUGACGCUCUGGAAGAGAGCUUCGCAAAGGGCAAAAGCAACAGACGAGAAGCUUCGAGUCGCUACGGAUGGUAA